CUCUCUCUCCCUCAUGAUAAACUCAAUGGGGUUGUCUAUUUUUAACCUCCUGUUCUUUCCUUCUGGCAGAGUAAUCAGUGCGAGCUGAGCUCUUCCCCUGAAUGAAUCCAAGUAACCCCCGUGGUUGCCUUCUGAAAUGACCAGCAGACGCACAUCUGUACAAAGGCUGCCUGAAGUAUAAAGUCUGGUUCUGAAGUACCAUGUCCAGCCAAGGAAGUCCUGGCGUGGAGCUGACUACGACAACAGUCAGUUCGGUAGCUGUGCAGGCAGGAGACUCCAAAAUCGUGAUAGCUGUCAUAAAGUGUGGUAAAUGGGUACAACUUCAGCUGGCUGAAUCACAGCCCAAUAUUUUAGAAAUCGGUAGCAAUCAAGAUGAAACCCAAAAACUUCUUCGUGAUCACGAACUUCUUUUGGCCAAGCUUAAGGCUUUGGAAGAUCGGGUGUGGGAACUCUUGCAGGAAGCAGACAAGACAGCCGCAGAGAACAAGGAUCAGAGUCAGGUGUAUGACGCCAUGGCCAGCACCCUGGGGGAAGCCUGGGCAGCCCUGGUCUCCAUGCUUGAAAGACGAAGGGAGCUCCUCAAGUUGACCUCCGAAUUUUUUGAAAGUGCCUUGGAGUUUGCUAUUAAAAUAGAUCAAGCAGAAGAUUUCCUCCAGAACACUCAGGAGUUUGAGAGCACGGAGUCCUUAAAAUCACUCCUUCAGCUUCAUGAACGUCAUACCAAAGAACUCUUAGAACACUCUCUAGCCCUUUUAAACAAAAGUCAACAACUCACUGACUUCAUAGAAAAAUUCAAGUGUGAUGGACCUAAUGUGAAUCCCAAGUUGAUGCAGGGAGCUCGUAAUAGCUGCCUGAAGAUCGACAGUCUUCUUGAGCUUCUACAAGACAGGAGACGGCAACUAGACAAGUACCUGAAGCAGCAGCGGCAGGAACUGAGUCAGGUUCUGCGGAUAUGUCAGUGGGACCAACAGGAAAACCAGGUUACUUGUUGGUUUCAGAAAACCAUAAGAGAUUUACGGGAACAAAGCCUAGGUUCAUCACUUUCAGACAAUGAGGAGCUAAUCCAUAAGCAUGAGGAACUGAAAAUAAAAGCAAAGGAAUGGAACUCCACCCUUGAGAAGCUGAAGAGUGAGGCUCCCGAGACCCUGCUGUCUGGAGACCACGUGGAGGAGGAGCGUCUGCAGCUCUCUCACCAGAAACUGAGUCGGCUUCAGGAAGCAUUUGGCCAGCUCAUCGUGGAAAGGGAAAGCUGGUUGAAAAGGGCAAAUGAUUUUUUUAACAGCGCCAACAAGGCAUUUGAUGUACUUGGAAGAGUUGAAGCUUACCUUAAGCUCCUUAAAGCAGAGGGUUUAAGUCUGCCUGUCUUGGCAGCAAGGCACGAGGAAUUACACAGAGAAAUUAAGGACUGCGCAGCUGAAGCUUUGCAAAAGGGACAAGCCUUAAUCAGCCAAGUAGACUCCUGCAGCUCUCGGGUGACUGGCCUCCAGGAGAUGAUGGGAUGUAUUCACAGACGAGUGGAUCAUCUGACUGAACAGUGUUCGGCGCACAAGGAAUUUGCUCUUAAGAAACAACAAUUUGCAGCCUCAGUGGAGGGCUACCUAAGAAAGGUGGAAAUGUCAAUUCAGGAAAUCGUCCCAGUGCUUUCCAAUGCAGUGGAUGUUGGUUCCAGCCUUUCUGAGUCAGAGAAGAUUUUGAGUAGAUAUCUGGAACUAGAUAUCCAAGCUAAGGAAACAUCACAUGAAUUAGAAGCAGCUGCAAAACUUAUGACAGAGAAAAAUGAGUUUGAACCUGAUGAAGUAGCAUCGCUCUCUUCUAAAGCUAAAUGGCUAGCGGAAGAAUUAAACAUACUCAGCCAAAGCAUCAGCUCCAGGUCACAAGUUCUGCAAACCUUUGUGGCAUUUCUAAAGUCAUCAGAGGAGGCAGAGGGGCAGUGUCAGCGCCUGAAGGAGUUUUACCGAGCCGCCGCGGACCCACGGCAGGAAGGGGAGACCACAGAAGCUAAGCAUCGGUCUGACUCAGUCGAGAGGCAGUGGCUGCUGUUUUUGAAGAGAAGUUUUUUAGUUCAAGACCUAGGGCUUGAGUUUCUUAAUUUAAUGAAUAUGGCACGAGAGAACGAAAUAUUAAAUGUGAAAAAUAAAGUGCAUUUUGUGGAGAACGCUAUGGAAAGCCAGAAGGCAGAAAGAGAAGAACUCAGCCGCCUUCGGAUGGCAUGGCAGCUUACAGCCUCUGCAAGCAGGCCUGGGAAACAGCAGUGGGGAGCCUUCAAAGAGCAACUUAGAAAGACUACUCACAGCUUAAAGCUCCUUCAGGAAGCACUUACUCCUGUGUCUGCACUUGACCUUGGAGGGAACCUCCAGACUACUCUAGGUCUGAGGAAGAAAUGGAACACAAUGAAGCCUCAGUUCCAGCAACUGAAUGAUGAGGUUCGAUACAUUAUAAAAGAAUCAGAAGCGUUAAAUGGCAAAGGAGCCCCUGUGAAAGAGAAGUCUCAGCAGCUGAGGGAUCUCAUUCACCUUCAUCAAAAACAGCAGGAGAGAAUCCGCGACUACGAGGACGUCCUGUACAAGGUAGUCCAGUUCCACCAAGUCAAGGAAGAGCUGGAACGUCUCAUCAGAUCAAGAGGGUUGGUGUUUCCAGAGGAGCUGACGGACCCUGAUAACACCCAGGAUGCCCAGGUUCAGCUCAGUCGCUCUCAGGAAAAGCAGGCUCAUGCAGACCAUCUCCACAAACUGGCCCUUUGCCUGGGAGCGGACGUCAUCUCGUCAGUGCAGCGGCCUAAUUGCUCAAAUGCAUCUGCAAAGGACCUACAGCAGCAGCUAGAUGUCCUCGAGGGGGAGAGAGUGACCUGGCGUGCCAAAGCCGAGGCAGAUGAGCGGACACUGGCCCGGAGCUUGCAGUUCUGCACCACGAGGGACGAGAUAACUGAGCUCAGAGAGUCAUUCAAAGACAUCAAAAAGAAAUUUAACAACUUGAAGUUUAACUACUCUAAGAAAAAUGAAAAAGCCAAGAACCUGAAGGCUCUGAAAUAUCAAAUUCAACAAGUCGAUAUGUAUGCUGAAAAAAUACAGGCUUUGAAAAGGAAAAUGGAAAAAGUUGAGAAUAAGACUUCUGAUUCUUUCUUAAAUUAUCCAAAUAAUAAAAUCACUGUCCUUUUGGAGGCCAUGAAGGAUUUGCAAAAACAUGUGGAGGAGUUUGACAAAGUCGUAACAGAUUACAAGAAGAACUUGGACCUGACAGAGCAUCUCCAGGAGUUGACUGCAGAGUGUCACUUUUGGUGUGAAGACGCAAGUGCCACAGUUGUAAGAGUUGGGAAAUAUUCCACAGAGUGCCAGACAAAAGAAGCUGUGGAAAUUCUCCACCAGCAGUUCAAUAAGUUUAUCACGCCUUCAGUGCCUCAGCAAGAAGAAAGGAUUCAGGAGAUCAGUGACCUUGCUCAGCGAUUAUAUGGUUUUGAAGAAGGGCAGAAAUAUGCUGAAAAAAUAGUGGCCAAACACAAAGAAGUUCUUGAAUCUAUUACUGAAUUAUGUGGUUCUCUCACAGAGCUUGAAGAAAAGCUAAAGCAGGGGGAUGUUUUAAAGAGGAAUCUGAUUUCAGAAGAUUUCCAUGAUAGUUGCAUUGACCUACUGAAAGAACCAGUAAGAAAUAAGCAUCCAAUAUUCAAAGAAGAAUUGAAUAAGGAACAGGCACAGGCAGUGGCUAUUUUGGCUGUCAGUGGAACAGAAGAAGGCCAGCUUCCUCAGGACCUGAAGCAGCUCUCCUCUGGCAAAGAGGGUGGAGCCCAAGGCCUGCUCCUGGCUGUAGACAUGCUUUCAGGAGAAGAACAUGAGUGUGUCUCACCUGAUGACAUCUCCUUGCCUCCACUCCCUGGGAGCCCCGAUUCCCCCCUUGCCCCAUUUGACAUGGAGGUCGAGGAACAUGCCAGCCCCUCCCUAAGCCUUCACAUAAGCAGCUACAGGAUGCAGACUGCAGCCAGCUGUCCAGGGGAGGCCCAGGAAACUGGCCUUCCACCACCCGCUGCUUUUGCUGAUACUUGCGAUGAUAAGAGAGAAACUUUGUCAAGUCAUUUUGAGAAGCCUCACCCGCAGUUCAAAGCUGAGCCCCCAUUAACCUCUGGAGGACUGCUGGAAACCAGUACUGCCAUCAGCAAAAUCAGUGCUAAACAUCCCGAGAGCAUGCCGAGUGAACUGCAUGAGAGAGCUUUACAACAGCACCUGCAGGCUCAGGAAAGUUUGCUAGAAACACGGGAGAAAAUGCAUGCUGAUUAUAAUGUCACUAAAACCCAAGAUAGGCUGCAUGCUUCCCAGGAUGCAUUCUCGGGCCUGGGGUUUCAAUUAGGCCCCAGCCGGGCCUAUCAGAGGCAAAUGGUUCCCCAAGAAGAGAUUAAAAGUACCUCAGCAAAGAACAGUGUGGUCAGCCUAGCUGGCCAGGCACCUAAUUUCUCCAGGCUCCUGUCUAAUGUAACUGUCAUGGAAGGUUCUCCAGUGACUUUGGAAGUCGAAGUAACAGGAUUUCCAGAGCCUACACUGACAUGGUACAAGAAGGGCCAGAAAUUGUCUGCAGAUGGACACUUACAGGUUUUCCACAAGGAGACAAGACAUUUGGUGUUCAUUCCGAAGGUAUGUGGGACAGACGCAGGCCUCUAUGUGGCUCGGGCCCAGAACUCUAGUGGCAGUCUCUCUUCCAGUGUCAUCCUCCAUGUGACAGGUAACCGCAGGCCGCCAAUCACAAGAAUAAACUGGAUAACGCUGUGUGUCAUCUAUGUGAGUGUAUCGCUAAUGUACUGGCUACUCCUGCAGUAAGUGGGCUUGGCACCUGUGGACGCCACUCUCACAAGCCUACAGGACAAUACAGUUGUUCACUUUCCUGUGUUCUGACCAUACUGCUUGUAGGGCUAAAACCGUAUGACUGUUUGGUGAAAUAACCCAGGUUUCUUCAGUGCUUUAACCUAUGUGAGGAGCAUGGUAAAUUAUUUGCUGUCGAUAAAGAGAUUUUUUUGUGUUCCACAAAGAGAUGUGUUCAAUGGAAAACACAGUAAAAGCACACUAUGGUUAUUCCCUCCUAACUUAGGAGCAUGCAGAUCAAGGCUCACAGCAUAGGGAUGUGAGUCAAAUUUUCAAAUCCAAAUGUUUGAAAAUUUAAUUUUAAUUGUACUCAUAAAUAUCUCUUUGUAGAAUAAUGGUAGAAAUAUUGAACUGACAUUCUAAUUUUCUUUUGCGUGUUAGGUGUUCUUUAAUUUUGUUUUUCAUGUCUUGAUCUCAUUUAUUGAAAUAUAUUUGAUGUGGCUUUAGCGUAGCCUCCAUUCCUGAGUCUGAGGUGAAUGCUGUAAAUAACCACUCCUCCUGUUGAUCUCAUGGGUUUGACGUUGGAGAAUAGAUGUGCCGUCAACUUUAAGGGGAGUUUCAAACUUCCGUCAGCUAUGCGUGUCACAGAGCAGGAUGGGACACGGUCAGUGAGCACAGACCAGCAUUGUUCCUGUCAUUCUCUCAGCAUGCUGUGGGCAGCCAUGCAUACGAUGGCAACCAUUUCCUCCUGCUUCUAAUCUUGGUUCCGCUGCUGACCAUUUUUGCAGCCGAUUGUAAGGCAUAUUAGUAGUGCCUCAGUUUCCCACUUGGAAAAAUGGGUUCAUCAUCUACCUCUUGGACAAUUGAGAGUUUUUAUGUCAUGUCUUACAAAGAUCUGGAAAAUGAAAAGCAUGCAAUGAGGCUACAAGUAAUUGUAUUGUUGAGUCUAAUUUGUCAUCACCCUGCCUCCUGCCCACUGUUUUUCUUUCAGAUGUUGUUUCUUCAGAAUAUUUAAUGAAAAAGAUUUCUGUAGUAUGUGAUCUCUAAUUAGUCCCAUGUGAGAAAAUGAGGUUUUAUGAAUUGGAGCUUAAAUUCCUCUCUAAUUUCUUAAGACUACAUCCUCUUCAGAGAUUUGAAGUUAAACUCAGGAGGGUGCAUUUAGGAUGAUCUGGGUGUGGUGAGGGAGUGACAUCAGAUGAAUUCUGUUCUUUAUUGUAAUUAUCACUGCAGGUUUGAAGAAUGUUCUGUGCCUUUCUGAAAUAUAUUAUUCAGAAAAGGGGGAUUAUCUUUUUGGCUCCUUUUAAAAAUAAAUGUGAAUAAGAGUUGCAUUUGUUUUUAGAUUUUAAACAUAGUCUUGUCAUACUAGCAUAAAAUCUUGAGUUGAAAGAAUAAUUCAUUAUAGUUUUUUGAUGAAGAGAAGGAAUUAAUUAUGUUGCUGUAAGACUGUCUACAAAUAAUAAAAUAUUUAAAUAUAAUAUAUUCAAGUUGAUAUUAAAAAGUUACUGAAUGUUAUCUGAAGAUGCGAAAUGUGUGAUUGAGUAAAAAGUUGUACUUUUUUGUGCUGUAUAAUUAGUUAAAUUAAAAUAUUAGCCCUGGCUGGUGUAGCUCAGUGGAUUGAGUGCAGGCCUGUGAACCAAAGGGUCCUGGUUCAAUUCCCAGUCAGGGCACAUGCCUGGGUUGCAGGUCGGGUCCCCAGUGGGGGAUGUGAAAGAGGCAACCACACAUUGGUGUUUCUCUCCCUGCCUUCCCCAUCUUC